AUGGCGCUCCGAGCUGUGAAGCGGGUGAUCCAGACAGCUCUGCUCGUGCAGGUGCUGCUGCUUGACCAGACCGUUUCAGUCCGUGGAGAUGUACCAGCCACCCAGCAGAACUUUGCCCAGCUCAAGUCGGGGGACCACAUCUCGGCCAAAGUCCUACCUGCCGACCUCCAGGAAGAGCGCGGCCUCAUGGAUGGCCUCGGUGGCCGUGACUUUUCGGACGAAGACUUUGAGACCGUGACGCCUCAAGCGGCGGGCAUGAUCGAUCGACCAUCUACUGCCGAGUUGAUGGCGGGUCUUGGCAGUGGACUGAGCGCUCUCGUUCCAGAUGACAUCAAGAAAUCGGUCUUGGGGGACUCCACCUCGGACUCGGGGAGUGACGAGAGCGCAUCGGGAGGCGACGAGAGUGGAUCGAGUUUGGGGAAGAUGACCGAGGAGGCUGUCUCACAGGCGGGCUCUGGGAGCUCGGAGAGCUCGCUUGAAGAGACUGGGUAUGCAAGUGAAGCAAUUGAGGCAAGUGCGAGUGCAAGUGACGAGGGUGAAUCGGGAAGCGACGAGGACGAGGCUGACUUGGGAAGCGACGAGGACGAGGCUGACUUGGGGAGCGACGAGGACGAGGCUGACUUGGGGAGCGACGAGGACGAGGCUGACUUGGGGAGCGAUGGGGACAUGGGUAGCUUGUUUGGAUCGAGUUCUGAAGACAAAGAGCUGUCUGCUUUACUGAAGAGCUUAUCCGAGGAUGACAUGUCAGGGUCUGACGAGCCUUCGGGCAGCUUGCUUACCGGUUCUGGAGGAUCGGGAAGCACCGACGACUUGCUAGGUAAGUUUGGUGGUGGCAAAGGUGUGGCUGCUGACCUCGAAAUGGACGAGUUCAUGAAAGCCAUUGGAAGCAGUCUCGGUCUGGGACUGUUUGGUGGGGGAGACCCGUCUAAACCACAGCUCAAAGAGAUCGACGACGAGAACAUCAAACUUAGUGAACUUUACGGCGGCAGGGAACACGGUGACGCGUUCUCGGAUAUCAACAAUAUCAAGUACGGACAGUUCGUUUUGAACAUAACUCUUCGUGGAAACAAGCGCUUGGAUAAGAUCGAAAUCGUAGCGGGGACACAGGAGACCGCAGUUAACUUGGCUCACGGCGGCAAAGGCGGCGGUAGUGCUCACGUUGAGCCAGAACUGGGCGACACAAUUUCUUCAGUGGAAGUUCACUGGGGCAAGUACGACAAAAAAACGAGAAUUUUUUAUUUGCAGAUCAUUACAAGUGGGGGCAAGACAGUUUCUGCUGGAACGAAGACGGCAAACACGGCCACGAUGAAGGCGCCACCGGGCUUUCAAAUUGCCGGGUUCUACGGACGUGCGUCUAGUGACGGAAUUUUUUGUCUUGGUGCGAUAUACACAAAGGUUGGGGCGAGCGAUCUGUCUGUCACGGACGUAAUGGAAGUUCCUGAUAGUGGCACUUCCGAUAUCUACAGCUACGACACAACCAUUCGCAAUUGGCUCGGCAAUGUCCAAAUUGCUGUCCCCGACAGUGCUUGCUACCAAGUUCGACAUGGUGUCAGCAGCAAGAACACAUGUCCAACGGGUUAUCGGAAGGAUGAUAUGGAUUGCGUUGGACACUGUCCGCUCGAGUAUCCGGUGGAGUGCUGGAGGGAAUGCAUUCCUCAAAACAAUGAUUGCACGCAGGAGAUCCUUUCCAAGGCUAUCUCAGUGGCUGCUGCGGCUCUAAGCGUCGCUUCAAUGGGCACGUUUGGUGCUCUUUUGACCUCCGUCAGGACCGUUAAAUUCGCGCUCGCCUGCGCUGUCGCUGUCAUGAACUCUCUCCGAGGACUGAUGUUUUAUCUGCGGUACCGGGUAACGACAAUUCCUCGAAACGACAUCGAAAAAAUUAUGGAUAAGGCAUUCAUGCUGCAAAUGGUCGUCAUGGACCUGCCGAUGGCACUGGCCACUUGCAUGGGUCUCCCCAUGCCGAAAUCUCUGACGUAUGGGGUGUUGAUUAUGACUGGUGUGUCCCUGAUUGUGAUGGUGGUAGUCAGCGUCGGCGAAGCCCUAUUUGGUUCGAAGGACAACAUGUUGCUGUUACUGCGUGAAUCGGGUGCGAUGAACAAGACAAUGAAAAGUGAAACUCUGGAGCUGGGUGAUUUCAUCAACUCAGACAACGCUACCUGUGGCCAGGAAAUGAGGAUUCUCACGAAUCGUGUGAUUAGCAAGGUUCAUGAGGUCCGCAACAAAACCAAGGGUGCUGCCCCAGAUGAUGUUCGUGUCGUGAUGAGCAAGUCUCCAAUUGUUCUGCGGGAUAUCCCCGUUGUUACGAACCAUUGCAUGGGUGAAAUUUGGGCGAACAAGACUGCUCUUUCUUCUUACAAAACGCGACACUUGCUUCGUAAGACGAUGGGUGUCAUUAUCAAUCAGUUGAUAACUGACGGCACGACGGACCUGGGCGAGAAUGUGGUCAAGCAGGAGAAGGCGAUUGAGUACGCCAAUCUUGGUUUGUUCGUAUUGUCUAUGCUCGACCCUACUGGUAUUGCGUGGCUGCUCCAAGAUUUUGUCCAGCCUGUCUGUGCACCCUCUGAGUACAUUGGUGAGAUCGAUGACGGUCCUCUGAACGAAGCACUGGGUUUGACUACCAUUGACCAGGCCUUUGUUGGAAGCUAUGGCGUUUGGAAGAAAACGGGCGAUGGCACUGUCAAGAUUUUAUUUGAGAGUAUCGACAAGUACGACGUCGAUGUUGUCAUCCGCGUUGGUGGUGUCAGGGUGGAUCAGGUGAAGGUGCCAGCAAAUGGCAAGGCCAGUUGGUCAGCUCAUGUCAAACAGAUGCAAGACAAGACUCUCUACCUGGAUCGCUGGCGUCCCGGUCUCUUCGGACUUCCAGGCACCGGUGGUGGUUCACUGCUAAUGUGGGUUUCUCGGUCGUCACUGGGGGGUAACCUGAUAAUGCAUGCUCGUCUCAACGUUAGCUAG